AUGACAUCGCAAAACGAAGUUGAUGAUAUGAUUAAACGUAUACAAGCAUCUAAAGGUGUACAAGGAUUAAUUAUAAUUGAUUCGGAAGGAAUACCUAUUCGAUCAAGUAUGGAUAAUGAAACAACGUUACAUUAUGCAGCUUUAAUUAGUCAACUAACUAUUCAUGCUAAACGUGUUGUUCGUGAACUUGAUCCAAGUCAAGAACUUGAACAACUUCGUCUUCGUUCACACAAACAUGAAAUCAUCGUUGCGCCUGAGAGUAAAUAUAUCAUGAUUGUAGUUCAAGUACCAGAAGCUCUUUAA